GAAGGAUGAAUUUAUUGUGGCCAGCGGUGCCCGAGCUGGAAGGAAAAGCAAGGGGCUUUAAAGCUCAGGGAGACGCUCUAACUCCAGUUCUGCUCUCAAAACCUUAUUUCCCACGAAGAGUGGGGGUCAAGGCGGGCCAGCGGUAGGGGAUGCAGCCCGGGGCGAGGGUUUUGAUUCAUUGAUUAAAAAGAAGGACUUUUCCAAAUACUUUGCACUUUUGAUUGCAUAUUAUGGAUACCAAGGAAGAGAAGAAGGAACGGAAACAAAGUUAUUUUGCUCGAUUGAAAAAGAAAAAACAAGCCAAACAACAUGCAGAGACAGCCUCAGCUACAGCUGCGAGGACUCACACUGGGAAAGAAGAUGCUAAUACGGUCAUUUUAGAACAAGACAAGUGCACCAUUGCUGUGGAAGAGGAAUAUGUUACUGAUGAGAAAAAAAAGAGAAAAAAUAAUCAGUUAAAGGAGAUCAGGCGUACAGAACUAAAGAGAUAUUAUAGUACUGAUGACAAUCAAAACAAAACACAUGAUAAAAAGGAGAAGAAGAUGGUGGUUCAGAAGCCCCUUGGUACUGUGGAAUACACUGCUGGAAGCCAGGACACCUUGAACUCCAUAGCACUGAAGUUUAACAUCACUCCCAAUAAAUUAGUGGAACUGAAUAAACUUUUCACACAUACUAUUGUUCCAGGCCAGGUCCUUUUUGUGCCAGAUGCCAACUUUCCGUCCAGUACUUUAAGGCUAUCCUCAUCCAGUCCUGGUGCUACUGUCUCUCCUUCAUCAUCAGAUGCAGAAUAUGAUAAACUGCCUGAUGCUGACUUGGCACGAAAGGCCUUAAAACCCAUUGAAAGAGUCUUAUCAUCUAAUUCUGAAGAAGAUGAGCCAGGCGUGGUGAAAUUUCUAAAAAUGAAUUGUCGAUACUUCACGGAUGGAAAGGGUGUGGUUGGAGGUGUCAUGAUUGUCACUCCUAACAACAUCAUGUUUGACCCUCAUAAGUCCGAUCCCCUGGUUAUUGAAAAUGGGUGUGAGGAGUAUGGCCUCAUCUGCCCCAUGGAAGAGGUUGUCUCCAUUGCGCUCUACAAUGACAUUUCCCACAUGAAGAUCAAAGAUGCUUUACCAUCUGACCUACCUCAGGAUCUUUGUCCUCUGUACAGGCCUGGAGAAUGGGAAGACCUGGCUUCAGAAAAGGAUAUCAACCCAUUCAGUAAAUUCAAAUCCAUCAACAAGGAAAAACGUCAGCAGAAUGGAGAGAAAACCAUUACUUCGGAUUCCAAAUCAACAGGACCUUUGGAGAAGUCAACAGAAUACACACAUACAAAGCCCUCAAGCAGCUCUGUGUCAGAAAAAUUAAAGAAACUGGAAUCCUCUAGGGAGACAACCAGUGGAUCUCCCACAGUGACUAAGCUCAGCAGGGAACCUUCUGACACUCACUCUGCAUUUGAAUCUACAGCCAAAGAAAACUCCCUUUUAGGGGAAGAUGAUGACUUUGUUGACUUGGAAGACCUUUCUUCUCAAACUGAUAGUGGAAUGGACAAAAGAGACACCUCGAAGGAGUGCCUUUCUCUUGACCCAGAGGAGCAAAAGAAGGCUGAGUCACAAAUAACCAGUUCUGCUGUAGAAAUGCAGGUGCAGUCAGCCCUGAACUUUCCAGGAACAGAGAGUGAUGCUGAACUGAAGGGGGCCCUAGAUCUAGAAACUUGUGAGAAGCAAGAUAUUAUGCCAGAAGUGGACAAGCAGUCUGGUUCUCCAGAGAGCCAGGUGGAAAACACAUUGAACAUACAUGAAGAUCUUGAUAAAGUUAAACUUAUUGAAUAUUACCUAAAUAAGAAUAAAGAAGGGUCACGGUUACCUGAAAAUUUGCAAAAGGCACAAUUAAGUGAUGGUAAAAAUAUUGAAUCAAUGGGAAUAGACAUCACCCUUAGUAGUUCUCUUCCCCAGGCAGGUGACCCCCCAACUGAGGGCAAUAACAAGACAGAUAAAACCUGGGUGAAGGAAAGAGAGUCCCUUGCACUGAAACUAGACUCUUCUACAGAAGGAAAUAUGACCAAAGAGUCUCUAGACUCUUCUUUGGAAUAUACUGUGGACAACAGCUGUCAGGGUGCACAAAUGGAUAAUAAAUCUGAAAUUCAGUUAUGGCUAUUAAAGAGAAUUCAGGUACCUAUUGAAGAUAUACUUCCUUCAAAAGAAGAGAAAAGCAAGACCCCACCCAUGUUUCUGUGCAUCAAAGUGGGAAAACCAAUGAGGAAGUCCUUUGCCACUCACACUGCAGCCAUGGUCCAGCAGUACGGCAAACGAAGAAAGCAGCCCGAGUACUGGUUUGCUGUUCCUCGGGAGAGGGUGGAUCACUUGUACACAUUCUUUGUUCAAUGGUCUCCUGACGUCUAUGGGAAAGACGCCAAAGAGCAAGGCUUUGUGGUGGUGGAAAAGGAAGAACUGAAUAUGAUCGACAACUUCUUCAGCGAGCCAACCACCAAGAGCUGGGAGAUCAUCACCGUUGAGGAGGCGAAGCGCAGGAAGAGCACGUGCAGCUACUACGAAGACGAGGACGAGGAAGUGCUGCCUGUCCUGAAGCCGCACAGCGCGCUCCUGGAGAACAUGCACAUAGAGCAGCUGGCCCGUCGCCUUCCAGCAAGGGUGCAAGGGUAUCCAUGGAGACUGGCCUAUAGCACAUUAGAGCACGGGACCAGCUUGAAAACUCUCUAUCGCAAAUCGGCAUCUCUAGACAGUCCUGUCCUAUUGGUCAUCAAAGAUAUGGAUAAUCAGAUUUUUGGAGCAUACGCAACUCAUCCUUUCAAGUUCAGUGACCACUAUUAUGGCACAGGCGAAACCUUUCUCUACACAUUUAGCCCUAAUUUCAAGGUCUUUAAGUGGAGUGGCGAAAACUCGUAUUUUAUCAAUGGAGACAUAAGUUCUUUAGAACUUGGUGGUGGAGGGGGACGAUUUGGUUUAUGGCUAGAUGCUGACUUAUACCACGGACGAAGCAACUCUUGCAGCACUUUCAAUAAUGAUAUUCUUUCCAAAAAGGAGGACUUCAUAGUUCAGGACCUAGAGGUAUGGACAUUUGAGUGAAAUUGAGACUGCCUUAAGCAUAACAUUAAAAGGACUGGUUCAACCAGCCCUCCUAAGACUGGCUGGAAGAUGAAGCACCAGCCCGGGCUGCCUCAUCCCACCAUAAUGGCUUUCUUUCUGCCAUCAUCUCAGAGCAUGAUCACAUUGCAGAAAGAUUCUGAAAGGUACACGUGGAGAGCAGACACUGAAGAAAGAUGAAGUCCAGAUUGUUGAAAGACUUGUACUUCCACUUCCUUCAAGUCCAUACAGUGAAGAAUCAGAGUGUUUAUAGAUGUAUAAGUUGAAUGCAAUUUUUAUUUUUGGUAACUGUGAAAAAGAGGAUACUGUGGAAUUAUAUACAUGUCUUGUGUAUUUAUCAGCAUAAUUUUCAUUACCAAAAUGUACAGCUAUUGUUUGCCAUGGAAAAGUUUAGUCUCAUUUAGAAAAAUUGAACGUGCACAGCACUUAAAGGGAAUAUAUGAUUUUUUUUAAAAAACUUUUAUUUAUUAUUUCUAGUUUAUUGUCUGAAAUGUGUUGGCAGUUGUUUUUUUUUAAUAUGUCAGAUCUUGAAAUAAAGAAAUGUAUACAUUUUGUGCUAUGUUUUGGGAACAGAGCCGUUUGAUUUAUAUAGUUUUAUAUUGAAUAUUUUUUUGCCCUGAUUGUUUAGGGUGAUAGGUCUUAAGCAGCAUAUAUAUAUGUGUGUGUGUAUAUAUAUAUAUAUGCAUGUAUAAUUCUGAAUUUUUAAAAACUUAUUACCAAUGUUCAUGACUUAACUAUUACAGGCCAGCUUUCCAUUUAGUCAUUAAAAAGGUACAUUUUUAGUUACUUAUCCUGAACAUAUUUGUGUAAAGAAGUCAUAAUUGAUAUUUAUAGAAAUGGAUACCCUUUAUGAAUCUAGGCAUAUAACAAACCCUGCUUUUGAGAAGAAAAUGUUUUGCCUUCUUAUCAAAUCAUGUGUGUUAAUAACAAAACUUUAUUUUCGUAGUGUUUUUUGCACAAUUUUCCCCAAGCUUUAACAUUAGUGAUCAGGACUCUGUUUUAAAAAGAACUGAGGGUUUUAAUUUCUGCUUUUUUAAAAUAACAUGAAAAAUGUCAAAUUGGCCCAACUGUCUCGGUUUCUAGACUCUUAUAUUUGAGAAAAAGCAAUGCAAAGAAAUGCAUUCAUACCAAAAUUAAUAUGAAAAGGAAAACCUAUUUUUUAUAUCAACCCUUUUUCACAUCAUAAAACACCCUUUUAUUAAAAUAAUAAAGCCUUGUUAAAAACCAAUGUUAUUGAUUGCCAGACUUUUAUGAAAGCCAAAGACUGCUAAUGGAAAAAAAUCUCAAAUCAUAGCCAAAGCUGAGCAGUGGUCUUUCAUAAUUAUUUCCCCAGUGAUCUUUGAAAGGAAAAAUUAAUAACAAGUAGUCUUUACAUAUCUACCUUUUAAAAAAAAGAACAGUUCAGCAGAAUAUUUUUUUUAUAUAUAUUAUUCUCCUAUUUUAGACUAUUUGUAAAAGAGAACAAAUUGUCCCAUGGCCUCUUGUCCGAUCAACAGUUAUUGUACUCCACUCACAUUCUAUGCAAGUUUAAAUGAAUGCUAUAAAAUUCUUAAUACGUAGCCUGGGUGUACUUUUCACCCAUGUUCUCCUAUUGAGAAUUCUUGAUUAACAACAUAUGAGCAGUUUAACUUUAAUCUGCUUGUUAAACAGUGUGUUGGUGUGAGAUACCAGGAAUGUCUCAUGAUGAUCAUGUUUACCAUUUAUGCCAUCUGCAACCAUAUGCUAUUAAUAAACAGAAUGGUCAUUUUGCAUAUAGUUCACUCUUACCUAGUUUAGUCCAUGAUACUGUAACUGUGAGAGCAUAUCCAGAUGCUGUGGUUCUCUAUUUAAAACAGUAUUGUCCAAUCAGAAAUAUGUGACCCUUCAUUUAUGGAUAAUGACUAUGUGUAAUGCAGUGCUAUCCCAAUAUUUUCAAUAAAGGAAUUUAUGCAUUCAGUGUGA